UUGAUAGGAACUUCUUUUACACUUCACAAAAGGAAAACUCAACAGACGUCAAUGAGAAGCGGGGCUUUAGCAGCAAUGGAGGCGGAGCCAGACCUCAGCACGUUUGAAAACAAAUCAGGAUUAGCAGAGGACAUGAAGUUCUUAGCUUCGAUGCCCGAGUUGUGUGACGUCACGUUUCUAGUUGGUGACACUAGAGAACCCGUGUGCGCUGUCAAAGCUGUUUUGGCAGCACGAAGCAGGGUUUUCCAAAAAAUGCUCUAUCAAGCACCAAGUCCUCAGAGAAAAAAAGAACCUGCACCGCGCGAAAACAAACUGAGACUAUUCCUAAAAAGGUCAUCCGAGCCAUUAUUAAAUCUUCAAAACGCAGCACAACAGAGGUCAACUUUCGCGCAGCAAUUGGCUCCAAUACAAGAGCCGUCGUCUCAGCAACAUCAAACUCUUAUAAUCGAAGAAUUUGAACCCGAUGUUUUCCGACAAUUAAUAGAAUACAUUCACACAGGAUGUGUAACACUUCAGCCACGGACCCUACUAGGUGUGAUGAAUGCAGCGGAUUAUUAUGGCCUGGAUGAGCUCCGGCGAGCUUGCGCUGGUUUUGUCCAAUGUUGCAUCACAGUGGAUACGGUGUGCGCCCUUUUAGCGUCUGCGGAAAGAUAUAUCCAAUACAAAUGCACGAAAUCUUUAGUUCAAAAGGUUCUGGAAUUCGUUGAUGAGCAUGGCAAUGAAGUAUUAAACUUGGGAUCAUUUACUCUUCUACCUCAGCAUGUUGUACGUCUAAUUUUGGCAAGAGACGAACUUCGGGCCGAUGAGUUUACAAAGUUUCAGGCAGCCCUAAUGUGGAGUAAGAAGUAUUGUGAUACGAAUCAGAACAUGUCACUUAAAGAUGUGAUAGGAAAUUUCCUCGAGUACAUUCAGUUCCACAAGAUUCCGGCUAACGUGCUCAUGAGAGAGGUGCAUCCGUUAGGACUGGUGCCCUAUUCUAUUAUUAUGAACGCUUUAGCUUAUCAGGCAGACCCGGCCAGCGUAGAUCCAGGAAAGCUGUCUCCGGCAAGAGUGCGGCGCGCAGGUCGUUCAAUGUCUGUUCAAUCAUCUCUUGAUCCCUAUGGAUCAAACACAACACUCUCUUCUACCGGCUCGAGCGAUGUUCCUUCUAAAAAAUUUGGCGAUCGCCGCUCACCGAUACCAAAAACGAGAGAACCAAGAUCCAAAUCAGAUUCAGUCAAACAUGCUGCUCUUACGAGACAAAUAUCAGAAACUGUUGCUGCUGCCGGAGAUCCAACAUUCGAACGCUGUAAACCAAGAAAGCGUGACAGUGAAACGGAGUUUCCCGUCAGAAAAUCUACUUCAGAAAUUUCUGAAACUUUUCCAUUUGUUCGGCGUGCGCUUGCUGAAAUAGAAAGUGGAUUCAACUUCUUUAGAAAAUCCAUAACAUCGGAUGCAACUGAACCUAAAGCGCCAUUAGCUAGAGCCGAGCCUGUGGUCGUGGUAGCAGCGGCUGAGGACGACGCGCCUGCAUCUCCACCGCCUCCAAUGGGACUAAAAGAACGUCGUGGAUCACGUGGUUCACCUUGUGCAAAUUUACCGCCUUUGAUGCUGCCUCCUACUACACCUGAUCCAUCGCCUGGUCGUCUAUCUCCAAAUCGACUGUCUCCACAAAGACCUAAGGAGCCAAUGUCAGCACCUGUAAUAGGCAAUCCACCACGUCGUUCGAGAACACGUUCAGAAAUGCCUCCCGAUCCUCCACCUCGAUCGCCACUGACUCCACGUCCGGCAUCCGUGUCUCCAAAACAUACGUUCGCUUUUAAAAUUGUAUUGAAAAAAGUAGAAAGUACGCCAAAUACAUCAUUUGACCGACCUGAACAAUGA